AUGGGCAACAUAGGCAACGAGAACCGGGCUUACAAACCCCACCACAGUCCCAACACCGUCGGCGCCGGCUCCAGCCCGACAGCCAACCGCAUCCACCUCGACCAGCCGGGUCCCACCAGCGCCUCCCCCAUGCUCCGGCGCGCGGCUGGCCGCAUCCCGCACGUCGGCAUCGUGGGCGCCGGCGUCGCGGGCCUGCGCUGCGCAGACGUGCUGCUCAAGCACGGCGCCAGAGUGACCAUCUUCGAGGGCCGCAAUCGAGUUGGUGGCCGCUUCUGCCAGGGCAAGGUGGGCGAGCACCUUGUUGACUUGGGCCCGAAUUGGAUCCAUGGCACGGAGAAUAAUCCGAUCCUGGACCUUGCCAAGGAGACGAAGACGACGACUAUGAAUUGGGACGGGAGGCAGGCGGUGGUUGAUGCUGCGGGGAGGUAUCUGUCCGACAAGGAGGCGGCGGCGAAUACGGAGCUGGUGUGGGGGAUUGUGGAGCAGGCGAUGAAGUAUUCGAAUGAGCACUCUGCGACGAUAGAUCCGCAGACGAGUUUGUACAAUUUCUUCGAGGAGGCGGUGGAGAAGAUGUUUCUUAGUGAGAAAGAGGAGGACGCGAAGAAGAAGAGGCAGACGAUUCUGCAAAUGUCGGAGAUGUGGGGGGCGUUUGUGGGCAGUGAGGUCCAGAAGCAGAGUCUGAAGUUCUUCUGGAUGGAGGAGUGUAUUGAUGGCGAGAAUUUGUUUGUGGCCGGCACGUACAAGAAGGUGCUUGAGAAGGUUGCCCGGCCGGCGGUGGAGGCUGGUGGUAUUCGCUUUAACUGCAUGGUGAAAAAGAUCAUCUCGCAGACCAGCGAAGAGGGCGCUGAUCCGUCAGUGACUGUCGAGUUUGAGGGUCCUUCGGGAGCGGGAAGCGAAACAUUUGACGAGGUCGUUAUGACCGCACCACUGGGCUGGCUGAAGAAGAACCUGGACACGUUCGAGCCCGCGUUACCGCAGAGACUACAAGAAGGCAUUCACGCGAUCGGCUACGGACACUUAGACAAGGUCUACCUCACCUUCCCCACCGCCUUCUGGAACACCUCCACCGCCCCCAACCCACCCGUCUCAUCCACCUCCACCUCCCCAACCCUCCCCAACAUCCCCGCAACAACCGCCCCCGUCCACCAACUCGGCGCCGCCGACUCCCCCGUCGACCCCUCCCACUACCCCGGCUUCACCUCCUUCAUCGCACCCGCCUACGCGCCCCCCAACCCCUCGCACUGGAACCAAGAAGCCGUCAACCUCGCCGCCCUGCCCGGCCCCACCGCCCACCCCACCCUACUCUUCUACACCUACGGCGCAACGAGCCAGCACAUCGCGGACCUCGUGUCAGCGCACCCCGACCCCGCAACACUGAAAGACCUCCUAGCGGCCUUCUUCCACCCGUACGUCUCGCGGCUUCCGAACUUCGACCCGCAGAACCCGCAGCACCGGCCGUCGCACGUGCUGGCUACGGCGUGGGCGCGCGAUGAGCUGGCGGGCUGCGGGUCGUAUGCGAAUUUCCAGACGGGGCUGCAGCGGGGCGAUGAGGAUGUCGAGGUUAUGCGCAGGGGCGUGCCGGAGAGGGGCGUGUGGAUUGCGGGGGAGCAUACGGCGCCGUUUGUGGCGCUGGGAACGGUGACGGGGGCGUGGUGGAGUGGGGAUGCGGUUGCGGAGAGGGUGUUGGGGGGGUGGGGGGUUAGGGUUGAGUGA